AUGGCUGGGUCUUCCCUGUACGCUGUGCUACAUCUGGAGACGCAUGCCACGCCCGAGCAGAUCAGGUGCGCCUUCAAGAAGCGUGCCCUUCAGGUCCACCCAGACAAGGGGGGGAGCAAGGAGUGCUUCCACCUGGUUUACCGGGCCUUUGAGAUCUUAGCCGACCCGACCACCCGGUCAAAGUAUGAUGCGCAGCAUCUUCUGGGUACCGGCUCAACUCCGGCCAAGGAGACGACGGUCAAACGUCCCAAGGCGAAACCUGAGGCCCGGAAAGAGGCCCCGAAGCCCGCGCCCGGCGCGCGCAAGAGGGAGCCCCCAGGCCCAGCGCAGCCUCCGCCGGGCGCCUGCGGCCGUGACAUGGCUGAGUCCUUUCUGGCCCAGGUCCAUGCAAUUCUGCGGAGCCUACCAAGAGAAACCCGCCUGCAAGUGAUCCGCGAUGACUUCUCUCAGCAGCAGAGGGUCCAGCUGGAGAAGUGGAUUGCAGAGCAGCCGUCGCAGUUCGCGCCGCGAGCGCUAAGAAGCAGCCUUCCGGCGUCCGCACCAUGGGUGCCACCAUCCCUGUGCCCACCCAUGGCCCUGGAGGACUCCCGUCCUCCCUGCAGCUCAGCUGAAGCCCCACUGGAAUCUGCCGAAAGUAAGGCUGCUGCCAGCUCCACGCGUAAGCGUCAGAAAAACACCAUGCGGGGCGUGUACCGCCGCCCGCAGAAGAAGUCUGAGCACACGAUCAUGUACGCUGCAAACAUUGUUUUCGAUGCGGUCUCGAUUACCAGCAAGGACACCGACCUACCUACGGCUGUGGAGUUCCUUGUCAUUCUCACAGCCAUCAAGCAGAGAAUGAGCAAGCUUUCCAGCAACUCUGCUUACGGCUCUCGCCUUCAGGGAGCUAUCGAGUCCUCCGCGGCCGAACAGGGCCGGAGCGUCGAGGAACUGGGCCUCCGGUUUCAGGUCUGCCAGACAAAUGGCUUCUUCCUGGGCCCUCGGGUGAAAGUGAGGUCACCGACGGUGCGCAGCGUGGACCAGCUGGCGCAGCUGCGCGAGCGCCUCGGCUGA